AUGGCUCUGCGGCUCCUGCUCCAGCUCGCCUUGCUUGGACUUGGCACCACGAGGCCCUUGGUCCGGGGCCGCAGCUUCCACGCACCAGCGGUUGCCUGGCCAUCUUUCUUCGACCUCAACUCACCCCUGGAAGUUCAUGAAACCAUCCAGAUUCCCGGCAACGGGAGCGCGCCCCUGCGUGUGGAUGUGCAGGUGUUCGUGACAAACGUGUUCAACGUGGACAUCCUUCGGUACACAGUGUCCUCCAUGCUGCUGCUCCGGCUGUCCUGGCUGGACACGCGCCUGGCCUGGAACGCGAGUGUGCACCCACGGCGCAUGCUUACACUGCCCUGGGACUCACUGUGGACACCGGAACUCACUAUCCAGGAGGCGCUCUGGGUGGACUGGCAGGACCAGACCCCACAGGCCCAAGUGGACCAAGAUGGCCACGUCGAGCUCUACCUGGCCCUCACCACGGAGACCAACUGUGACUUCGAGCUCCUCCACUUCCCCAGAGACCAGAGCAACUGCACCCUCAGCUUCUACGCCCUCAGCAACACGGUGAUGGAGCUGGAGUUCCAGGCCCACGUGGUGAACGAGAUCGUGAGUGUCAAGAGGGAGUAUGUACUUCGGGACUUGAAAACCCAGGUCCCGCCCCAGCAGCUGGUGCCCUGCUUCCAGGUGAAGCUGCACCUACAGAACACAGCACUGAAGGCCGUCCUGGCUCUGCUGGUCCCCGGGGAGGCGCUGCUGUUGGCCGACAUGUGCGGGGGGCUGCUGCCCCUGCAGGCCCCGGAGCGCAUGGCCUACAAGGUGACCCUGCUGCUGGGCUACCUCGUCUUCCACUCCUCCCUGGUGCAGGUGCUGCCCAGCUCCUCCUCCUGCAACCCACUGCUCAUUCACUACUUCACCAUCCAGCUGCUGCUGCUCUUCGUCAGCACCGUGGAGACCGUGCUGCUGGCGGGGGUCCUGGCCCGGGACCACCUCAGGGCCAAGCGCGGCCCUGGCCCAGCCCCGAGAGGGGAGCAGCAAGCUCAUGAGGAGGCAGGGCCGAGUCCUGAAGAGGCGCCUGGAGGAGCGGGGUCAUGGAGGAGCUGGGCCGAGGCUGCCGACCACACCUUCUUUCUGCUCUACGUGGCAGGGGUGGUGUGCAGCCAGUUCAUCUUCAUUGGACUCUGGAUGUGGGCGACGUGCAAAUCUGACCCAGCCCCUGGCGAGGCUGUACCCCAUGGGGGGCAGCCCAGGCCAUAA